CGCUGGCGGACUCACGUCACCCGAGCUGGUGCUCUCCUCCAGCCCCUGGGGAAUUGGAGCUGAGGAGGAGCUGAAAAUGCAGAUUUAGCAUCAAGCACAGACCUACACUCGCUCUUUCUCUCCGGUACACACAGCACCCCACAUUCGCACCCCUGCCCGCGCGCCGGGCCGCCUGACUGCACGGCUUCCCCUCCAGCCAGAUGCUGGAGAACACACACUGAUUCGCUGCUUUCCAAGACCCUAUUCAGUCUCUUUCUCUAUACAAAGAUUUUUUUAAAAACUAUAUAUAAAAUUUUUUUUUGCACCCUCCCUCCGAGUCCCCUGCUCCGCCAGCCUGCGCGCCUCCUAGCACCACUUUUCACUCCCAAAGAAGGAUGAAGGGUGGUUGUGUCUCCCAGUGGAAGGCGGCCGCUGGGUUCCUCUUCUGUGUCAUGGUUUUUGCAUCUGCUGAGCGACCGGUCUUCACGAAUCAUUUUCUUGUGGAGUUGCAUAAAGGGGGAGAGGACGCAGCUCGCCAAGUUGCAGCAGAACACGGCUUUGGAGUCCGAAAGCUUCCCUUUGCUGAAGGUCUGUACCACUUUUAUCACAAUGGCCUUGCAAAGGCCAAGAGAAGACGCAGCCUACACCACAAGCAGCAGCUGGAGAGAGACCCCAGGGUAAAGAUGGCUUUGCAGCAGGAAGGAUUUGACCGAAAAAAGCGAGGUUACAGAGACAUCAAUGAGAUUGACAUCAACAUGAACGAUCCUCUUUUUACAAAGCAAUGGUAUCUGAUCAAUACUGGGCAAGCUGAUGGCACUCCUGGCCUUGAUUUGAAUGUGGCUGAAGCCUGGGAGCUGGGAUACACAGGGAAAGGUGUUACCAUUGGAAUUAUGGAUGAUGGGAUUGACUAUCUCCACCCGGACCUGGCCUCCAACUACAAUGCCGAAGCAAGUUACGACUUCAGCAGCAACGACCCUUAUCCUUACCCUCGGUACACAGAUGACUGGUUUAACAGCCAUGGGACCCGAUGUGCAGGAGAAGUUUCUGCUGCCGCCAACAACAAUAUCUGUGGAGUUGGAGUAGCAUACAACUCCAAGGUAGCAGGCAUCCGGAUGCUGGACCAGCCAUUCAUGACGGACAUCAUCGAGGCCUCCUCCAUCAGCCAUAUGCCGCAGCUGAUCGACAUCUACAGCGCCAGCUGGGGCCCCACAGACAACGGCAAGACAGUGGAUGGGCCCCGGGAGCUCACGCUGCAGGCCAUGGCCGAUGGCGUGAACAAGGGCCGCGGCGGCAAAGGCAGCAUCUACGUGUGGGCCUCCGGGGACGGCGGCAGCUAUGACGACUGCAACUGCGACGGCUACGCCUCCAGCAUGUGGACCAUCUCCAUUAACUCAGCCAUCAACGAUGGCAGGACCGCCCUGUACGACGAGAGCUGCUCUUCCACCCUGGCUUCCACCUUCAGCAACGGGAGGAAAAGGAACCCCGAGGCCGGUGUGGCAACCACAGAUUUGUAUGGCAACUGCACUCUGAGGCAUUCUGGGACAUCUGCAGCUGCCCCCGAAGCAGCUGGCGUGUUUGCACUGGCUCUGGAGGCUAACCUGGGUCUGACCUGGCGGGACAUGCAGCAUCUGACUGUGCUCACCUCCAAACGGAACCAGCUUCACGACGAGGUCCAUCAGUGGCGGCGCAACGGGGUCGGCCUGGAAUUUAAUCACCUCUUUGGCUACGGGGUCCUUGAUGCAGGCGCCAUGGUGAAAAUGGCUAAAGACUGGAGAACCGUGCCUGAGAGAUUCCACUGUGUGGGAGGCUCCGCGCAGGACCCUGAGAAAAUACCAUCCACUGGCAAGUUGGUGCUGACACUCACAACCGACGCCUGUGAGGGGAAGGAAAAUUUUGUCCGCUACCUGGAGCAUGUCCAGGCUGUCAUCACGGUCAACGCAACCAGGAGAGGAGAUCUGAACAUCAACAUGACUUCCCCUAUGGGCACCAAGUCCAUUUUGCUGAGCCGGCGUCCAAGGGAUGACGACUCCAAGGUGGGCUUUGACAAGUGGCCUUUCAUGACCACUCACACGUGGGGGGAAGACGCCCGAGGCACCUGGACCCUGGAGCUGGGAUUUGUCGGCAGCGCCCAGCAGAAGGGGGUGCUGAAGGAGUGGACCCUGAUGCUGCAUGGCACUCAGAGCGCCCCGUACAUCGACCAAGUGGUGCGGGAUUACCAGUCCAAGCUGGCCAUGUCCAAGAAAGAGGAGCUGGAGGAAGAGCUGGAUGAAGCCGUGGAGAGAAGCCUGAAAAGCAUCCUUAACAAGAACUAGCGCUGCACAUCCGCCUUCCCCGCCGCCCUCCCUCCCCGGCUCCGCCUCUGUCCUCGCUCCACGUUUCAGGCAGGCACCUAGCAAUUCCAUCACCUGUACAGGCAAUUCCGUCUUCUUAAUCUGAAGCUUUGCUCACUGUCAAUGAUUAUUUUCAUUACAAUGGAAACAACCUUUUUUACUCUAUGCCCCAAAUAUAGCGUUCCCAACAACAUCCA